AAUCCCAGUUCAGAAAAAUAUUUCACUGGUUUUCAGCUAAAGAGUCAUAAAGUCUAAGAUACGCGAAGGUACCUGGCUCUAAAGGAUUCGUCAGUAUGUUAUUACUUGCAUUGUUUUGUGGGAUUUCUCUCCAAAAAGUUUCAGGAAGUCAACCUAUUACAGGUUGUGACAGAAACUCUGUUGGGAUACAGUACAGGUCAGUCAUUCCUGACAGCAGUUUGACAGCAUCCUCUUUUUUUAAUAUAUAUUUUGCACCACAACAUGGUAGACUACAUGACGCAUAUGGAUGGUCACCCAUAACAGAAUACAACGAACGAGAUUACCUACAGAUUGACCUUGGUGGGUUAACUGAAGUGUGUGGUGUAGCAACACAAGGUUGUGGAAAUAAUAACGAAUGGGUGACAAAAUACAAGCUUCAUUUCUCAAAGCGUGGUGCUAUUUGGGACACAUACCAAGAAAAUGGAACGGAAAAGAUAUUUCAAGGUAACAGUGAUAUGUCAACUGUUGAGAUACGUUGCUUGCAGAAUCUACAGUCAGCGAGAUACAUCCGGUUUGUACCAACAGCUUUCCACACAUAUAAAACGAUGCGUGUAGAGGUUUUUACUUCGUAUCUCGACGGACCUAAAAUUAUUCCACAUCAAAGGUCGUUACAACUGACAUGGAGGAUUAUGGAUAACAUAACAGUAGUAUCAUACUUGAUGGAGUUCAAGAACAAAAGUAGGAUAGAAAGCUUGAUUUUACCAAAUGACACUAUGGAAUACAACCUAACAAACCUACARCCCUACACUGAGUACAGUGUUCGACUAAAAGGGAUGUUAACAAGUGAUGGAGCUGGAGUAUGGAGCAACUGGAUCAAUGCCAAAACUGCUGCUGCAGUUCCAGAAUGUUCCCCAGUGAUCACAAACAUACAAGCUAUAUCAUCUACGAGCAUCUCUAUGGCUUGGCAACAGGACCCUACUUGUUUAAACGGUAUAUUACGAGGUUAUAUCAUCCAGUACAGCCUACUUGAUAACAGCACAGUACAGUCUAUCAAUAUCACAGAUGAUCGCUUGUCUACCAGUAGGAAUGUGUCAGGACUUCGUAAAUACACCAUUUAUAGCUUUAGAAUCCUGGCCUAUACAAUUGGAGAAGGACCACUGAGUAAUGCCUCCGUAAUCAGAACUGCUGAAGACG